AUGACUGCAGUUGAACCUACACGGGAUAGUGAAAUUCUGCAUAAGCGUACCUACUUUUUAGUGGAGAUGCAAGAGAAGCUCCGAACACCCCAGAUCAUUCAGUAUCCAUCCUACAUCAGGAAUUAUGUUCAGCUGAAUUGCCUUAUAAGAGAUACAAAAGUGAGUAGCUACGUCUGGCAAAAGGAUAACCGUGUUCUCAACAACAGCCGCACCAGGUUCGAAUUUGAUAACAGCACUGUGCUCAUUCGAGACAUGGAUGUCUCAGACUGUGGUGUGUAUACCUGCAUCGUGAAAAACGAGGUCAGCAGUAGCAGCAACUCACACUUCCUCAGAUCUGACGAGAUUCUCUUCAUUGUUAUCUCUAUCUUUUUGUUAUCUACCAUGGCACUCGUUAGCAGUUUGACCUCCUUAUGUGUGGAAGCUGUCACAUACAAAGCCUUAAAGAGAUCCCGAGGUCCGGACCAGAAGAGAGAAUUUACAGUCAUUUUUAUGACCUUUGAACUUGUAUCUUUCACUUGCCUGUUGACUGCAAGUCUUCUGGCUGUAUUUGAGUCGGGCUUCUCCACCAUGUACAGAUGGAUCGCAGGGUUCGGGUGUUUGAUGUGUGUAGCAGUGAUCAUCUAUGUUUCCAUCCUCUUUCUCAGUCUGAAUACAAACCAUAUUCCGUCGUUCUUAACCAUUAAUGUUGACUGA